AUGUCUUAUCUCUAUAUGUUUUCAUAUGAUAAAUUUCACUCAUUUUUACCAAGAGUUACUUUUUUUUAUUAUUAUCAUUUUUCUUUGUGCUUCUUCACUUUCAUAUCUUCCCUUUAUAUCUCCUAACAAAAUAAUUUGUUCGAUAAAUAGUUAUAGUUUCUGGUUCUAAGAAUGUAUUGUGAAUUCAUGGACUUAAUGGAGUUCUGGGCUUUCACUUUUCGUGUAUUAAAGAUUAAUGUAAAAUUUAAAUGAAGGGAUAUAAGACAUGGGUUUAGGGUUUUAGGGGCUGAUAUAUGCUGGUUUUACUUGAUAAAGUCUUAGGUGAGACAGACGUUAUGUUUAUGUUCAUCCAAUAAGCUCUUGACACGUAUGCAUUCAUUUUAACAAUGGUUGGUGAAGGUUAGUUAGACUGCGCAGUAUUAUCGGACGGGUGCGUAGAUGAUGUCGUACACUCGUCUUGGGAGGGGCAUAGGAUAAAGGAGUUGAUUACAAAAGUGUUUGCAGAAGAUAGAAUAAUCGGUUGAACAGGCUGUGUAUGCUUUAUUGUUUAGUUCAUUUCAUUAUAAGGGACUUACAAUCUGUUGAAAUAAGCUCAUCCUGAACUAUAAUAUAUUAUCCCGAGAAGGAAACAUAUUGUUUUCCUUCCAUGAAUUCUCUUUUGUUACCUUCCUAUCCCUUUAUCUCAUCAUUGUCCUGCAAGUCUUCACCUUGUCUUCAAUCAAAACCUUGGUAUAUUUGUAGUUCACAUAUUUGUUUUAAUGGCUGUAACACUGCUCCUCUUUCUCACUUGCUAAAACCCAAAUCGCGUUUUUCAUUAAGCAUUCAUCAGACAUCCAUUGGUUCCACAGUUCCUUCCGAUGAGGGAGUUGUAUCUGUAAUCGACUUGAUUGAAAAAGAUUGGUCAUUUCUUGACUCGGAUGAGCUGAACUCCGAAGAGAAUAUCCAGAAGAUUGACAACAUAAUUUCUGCAGGAGAGAUUGAUCAUUCUUCCAGGGUUUUGGUUUCAAUUGGUUCUGAAGGUUUUGUGGAUCGGGUGGUUGAUUCAUCACCCUGCAGCUUUUUGCUUGUUGUACAUGAUUCACUUUUUGUGUUAGCUUGCAUUAAAGCGAAAUAUGACAAGGUUAAGUGUUGGCAAGGGGAACUGAGAUAUGUGCCAGAAGAGUGGGCACCUUUAGAUGUUGUGUUUCUCUAUUUUCUGCCUGCGUUGCCCUACACACUUGAUCAGGCUUUUGGGGCACUUGCUGAUCGUUGUUCGCCUGGUGCAAGAGUGGUUAUUAGCCACCCCCAAGGGAGGGAAAUAUUGGAGCAGCAAAGGGAACAGUUUGCAGAUGUUGUAAUUUCUGACCUGCCUGAUGAAAUGACUUUACAAAAAGUUGCAGCCAAUCAUUCUUUUGAGAUAGCUAAAUUUGUAGAUGAGCCUGGUCUUUAUCUUGCUGUUUUGAAGUUUUGUAGGGAAAACUGAGUUCAGAUUUGAACUUAUGAAGAGACUGGGCCUCGGCUAAUGUAAUUCUUUUUUAAGCCAAUGAAAGAGUUCAGGAAUCAGAUUUUGUUU